CUAGCCACAAGCAAGAAAAGUGCCUUGCAACUUUCAGCAAAGCUGUAUACUUUUUUUUAUAGCUAUCAUCAUAGAUUCUAAAACAAAAACUCAACAGCAAGAAGUAUCUGCAAUUGUAGAAGUCCAUUUCCACUGUAUUGGGGAAACAACCAAUCCAAUCACAAUGAGUUUUGAAAGUGUACCGUCCAAGUCAGAGGUGAUGGGCUGGAACUCUGGAAACUUGGCUGAUUAUCUCAAAAACAUGAAACUAUUGGGGUGUGACAGAGUGGUGAAGAAAAACAAUAUGAGUGGUGCAACAUUCUUGAACAUGACUGAUAAGGACCUUAAGAAGUUCCCUGCAGCACAUAUACCAUUUAUCACAAAGAUCUGCAGAGAUAUUAAUCAGAAUAACAAACAAAAGAGUCUAUUUCAUAGAUCAGAUCAUCGGAUGCCUCCAAACCAAGAACCUAAUCCAGGAGGUUGGGAUUCUGAUGAAUUCGACCAAGAAGGAAGUGACAACGACUAUGAGGAGCCAGAUAAUAGUAAUGAGUGUGAAGACAAUUACAUAUGCGCAGCAUCAUGUGAUAUUGAGGAUGAUGAGAAUGCUGCUGAUGACUAUGAACCACCUCCAUCUGAAACACCUUCUGAAUUACCGUCUCACUUUCGUGUCGCUAAGCCUCUUGGUGAUGGUGAUUAUUUGGACAGCGGCCCACGUGGUUCUGCAAGACCACAGCAGAACUACAAGUCAGCAUCUCUUUCCAGAGGACUUUUGAAUACAUCUAAGCCUCCAUCACGACCGGAUCCCUCUCCACACAGGCCUUUCAUUCCCCCCACUCAAUGCAAACCUGGUGCGCCAAUGGUAGAUCGGAGUAAGAAACCUGGCUCAUCUACUCCGUCAAAAAAAGCAAUAAACCAAAACACCUUACAAAUGGCUUCGAAAUCAGCAACUUUACCCACAAAAAGAUUUAAUAUUCAACAGAGGGAUGAGCUUCCUCCUCCACCUGUAGAAGUGAUGGGGCACGACAUGGAUCCACAGUGGUAUGUCGGGCAAAUGUCACGAGCAGAGGCCGAAGUCUCACUCAGACAAAUGAAUAGAGAUGGCACUUUCUUGGUGAGAGACAGUUCAAAGGGCUGCACAGAGCAGCCAUACACACUCAUGGUGCUGCACCAGCAAAAAGUGUACAACAUCCAGAUCCGUUUCCUUGGAAACAGCGAUGGAUAUUCCCUGGGCAAGGGCCUAAAUGGUGUUGAGAAUUUCUCCAGUGUCAUGGACAUGGUCACGCACCAUAUGAAGACCCCACUGAUUCUGAUAGAUGGAAUGGAGCGUGGAGCCGGACUUCAUCGGCAGUGCUGCCUCAUGCACCCGGCAGGUUUCUGACCCACAAUGCAGAAGAGCAAUCUAUAUACGUAGCUAACAGACUUUGAUGGAAUUCAGACACUUUGUCUGUGAAAUGGCGCAAUUGCAAUGUUGGCAAUCAACACCAGGAUAUCUAAGCACUGAAAAAUGAAGUGCAUGACUAAAUGAAUAAAUCAUAUUCAGUUUAAUUGGAUCAGACAUGACUGUCUACACUUUUUAAAUUGAAGAUGAAUUUUUAAACACUUUCAAUGUUAAAAUCAAGAGGCAUUUUUAGACUUAAUGUUAGCUAGA